CGGCACGGGGCGGAGCCGUGGCCCGGCGCGCAGGCGCGGCAGGCGGGGCGUGCGCGGGGCGGUCGCGGGAAGCGGACGGUGCCCGGGGCCGCUGCGAUGCUGUUCUGCCGCUGCCCGUCCGCCGGCCGAGCACGUCAGUGCUUUCACGCUCUGAAGUUGUUAAAGAAAGAUUGCCUUCUCUCGCUGCGUGUCUCACGAUGUGCCUCUACUGCCGCUGUGCCUCGCAUAACUACACACUACACAAUUCAUCCUCGGGACAAAGACAAACGAUGGGAAGGGGUAAACAUGGAAAGAUUUGCAGAGGAAGCUGAUGUUGUCGUUGUUGGAGCAGGCCCUGCAGGCCUUUCUGCAGCCAUUCGACUGAAGCAGUUGGCUGCUGAGCACAGCAGAGAAGUGCGUGUUUGUCUUGUGGAAAAGGCUUCUCAGAUUGGUGCACACACGUUGUCUGGUGCUUGUAUUGAGCCAAGGUCCUUAGAAGAACUCUUUCCAGACUGGAAAGAGCGAGGGGCUCCACUUAAUACUCCUGUAACUGAAGACAAGUUUGGAAUUUUAACAGAGACAUCUAGAAUUCCAGUGCCAAUACUUCCAGGGCUUCCGAUGGUUAAUCAUGGAAAUUACAUAGUACGUCUGGGCCACCUUGUGAGUUGGCUAGGUGAACAAGCCGAAGCUUUGGGUGUUGAGAUAUAUCCAGGCUAUGCAGCAGCUGAGGUACUUUUUCAUGAAGAUGGUAGUGUGAAAGGGAUAGCAACGAAUGAUGUAGGCAUUCAGAAGGAUGGAGCACCUAAAGCUACUUUUGAAAGAGGCUUGGAACUCCAUGCUAAAGUCACAGUCUUUGCUGAAGGUUGUCAUGGACAUCUAGCCAAACAGCUGUACAAAAAAUACAAUCUAAGGGAGAAUUGUCAACCCCAGAGCUAUGGCAUUGGAUUGAAAGAGUUAUGGACUAUUGAUAAAUCAAAAUGGAAACCAGGAAGAGUGGAACAUACUGUAGGCUGGCCAUUAGACAGACAUACAUAUGGAGGAUCCUUUCUUUAUCACUUAAAUGAGCGUGAGCCUUUAGUUGCUCUUGGAUUUGUGGUUGGUUUAGAUUAUCAAAAUCCCUAUUUGAAUCCAUUUAGGGAAUUUCAGAGGUGGAAGCACCAUCCUAGUGUACAGCCUACUUUGGAGGGUGGAACAAGGAUUGCCUACGGUGCCAGAGCAUUAAAUGAAGGUGGUAUCCAGUCAAUACCCAAACUCACCUUCCCAGGUGGAUUAUUAAUUGGUUGCAGUCCUGGACUCCUGAAUGUUCCCAAGAUCAAAGGAACACAUACUGCAAUGAAAAGUGGCAUGUUGGCCUCAGAAGCCAUUUUUAGUCGAUUAAUCAAUGAAAAUCUCCAAUCAAAGACAAUAGGGCUUGAUGUGCAAGAAUAUGAAGAGAACCUGAAGAAGUCCUGGGUCUGGAAAGAGCUGUAUGCAGUGAGAAACAUCCGACCAUCCUGCCAUAGCAUACUUGGUGUGUAUGGAGGAAUGAUAUAUACAGGCAUAUUUUAUUGGCUACUGAGAGGAAUGGAACCAUGGACAUUAAAACAUCCAGGACCAGAUUUUGCUCAGCUCAAGCCAGCCAAAGACUGCACCCCUAUUGAAUACCCAAAGCCGGAUGGAAAAAUCAGCUUUGAUCUCCUGUCAUCUGUGGCUUUAAGUGGUACCAACCAUGAACAUGACCAGCCUGCUCAUUUAACUCUCAAGGAUGACAGCGUCCCUGUGAGCAGGAACCUGGCCAUAUUCGAUGGACCGGAGCAAAGAUUUUGUCCGGCAGGAGUCUAUGAGUAUGUUCCUCUGGAAACGGGAGAAGGGUCAAGGCUGCAGAUAAAUGCUCAGAACUGUGUCCACUGCAAAACAUGUGAUAUUAAAGACCCAAGUCAGAACAUUAACUGGGUAGUACCUGAAGGUGGAGGAGGACCAGCUUAUAAUGGAAUGUAAACUAACAGGAGAUCUAUUCAGUGACCUCUGAUCACCAACAAAUAUGCUGGGGCAUUCUAUGCUGCAGAGUAAUUAAUGUACAGCACUGACUUAAAUGUUAAAAAAGAGUUUGAGACUAAUGUGCCAUUCUGAAUCUUACAUUUGACUGUUGCAUUAAAUAGAAAGUUGGUGCCUUCUGGUUAAACCUUAGCCUUAUUUAAAUAGCACUUCAUACAGGAGCUGUAUGGCAGGCAAAAGUUCUUAUAAGAACUGACAAAAGAGCUUUGGAUCUUGGAUUUACUGCUGAAGUUCAGUGAUAGCAGGAGCCAUAUCCAGAAUUGUGCGUAUGGUGGAAUAAUUUAGGACCCACCUUUAAAAAAGUAUUUUCUCUCUUAGAUGGAGUGAUUUACAUGUAAUCAUACUUGGCAGUCAGGGAAAUAAAUCAGUCUAGAAAAUUGUCACUGCUUUAAAGUGUUAAAUUUUACAUCAAAUUUUCAGUUUGGGGUGUGGGGUUUUUUUUUGCUGUUUCGGAUGAUUAUAAUAGGGAAUACCUAUUGUGAAGUGGUUCUAAAAAAAAUCUGUAUCUUCAUUCUAUGUCUACCACCAUUUUUAUUCCUUACAAGAAAUGAGGCCUGCUCUAAUAGGAACUAUGAAAAUGCCUACAUUCUCUUCAUGUGAAACCAAGCUACUUGGAAGCACUAUUAAGCUGUGAAAACAACCACCACUGCUUUACACAUUAGAAAAAUACCUGAGUUGCAAAACACAGGUUGCUGCAGCUUAAAAAAAAAAAAGAGAAAACCACAUCA